CGCGAGGGCGGCGGGGCGGGCGCAGUCCCGGGAUGGAGGGCGAGCUCCCCGCGGCUCCGCGCGGCUCCUCGGGGCCCCCGGCGGGGGACGCCGGCGGGGACAGCCCCUGCGCCCUGCUGCCGGCCGAGGCGCUGGCCCUGGACGGGGACGAGGACGACCUGGAGGUGUUCAGCAAGGAUGCCUCCCUGAUGGACAUGAAUUCUUUAAGUCCGACGAUGCCGACGUCCCCUUUGUCGAUGAUCAACCAGGUCAAGUUUGAGGAUGAGCCCGACUUGAAAGAUCUCUUCAUCACGGUCGACGACCCCGAGAGCCACGUGACCACCAUCGAGACCUUCAUCACUUACAGGGUCGCCACCCAGACGUCACGCGGGGAGUUCGACUCCAGCGAAUUCGAAGUCAGGAGGCGGUACCAGGACUUCCUGUGGCUCAAGGGAAAGCUCGAGGAGGCCCACCCCACUCUCAUCAUCCCGCCGCUGCCGGAGAAGUUCGUGGUGAAGGGCAUGGUGGAGCGCUUCAACGACGACUUCAUCGAGACGCGCAGGAGGGCCCUGAAUAAGUUUUUGAACCGAAUUGCCGACCAUCCAACCUUGACGUUCAGCGAAGACUUCAAAGUCUUCCUUACCGCCCAGGCUGGGGAGCUGUCGUCGCACAAGAAGCAGGGGCCGGGGCUGCUGAGCAAGGUGGGCCAGACGGUCCGCGCCGUCGCCCUGUCCAUGAGGGGCGUGAGGAGCCGCCCCGAGGAGUUCACGGAAAUGAACGACUUCAUCGAGACGUUCAGCCAGAAAAUAAAUUUGAUCGAUAAGAUAUCCCAGAGGAUUUACAAGGAGGAGCGCGAAUACUUUGAUGAAAUGAAAGAAUACGGCCCCAUUCAUGCCCUGUGGUCGGAGUCGGAAGAGGACCUGGCGGACAUGCUGGGCGGCGUGGCCAGCUGCCUGGACCGGUGCUGCCAGGCCACCGAGCGGCGUCUGUGCGGCCUGUCCGAGGCCCUGCUCCCCGUCGUGCACGAAUACGUGCUCUACAGCGAGAUGCUCAUGGGCGUCAUGAGGAGGAGAGACCACAUCCAGGCAGAGCUGGAAUCCAAGGCGGAAGCUUUGACCUACAAAAAGGCGGACACGGACCUGCUCACGGAAGAGAUCGGGAAGCUGGAAGACAAGGUGGAGUGUGCCAACACCGCACUGAGAGCAGACUGGGAGCGAUGGAAGCAGAACAUGCGGAACGACAUCAAGUCCGCGUUUGCGGACACGGCCGAGCGGAACAUCCACUACUAUGAGCAGUGCCUUGCUACCUGGGAAUCCUUCCUCACAGCACAGUCCGACCUCUAUGCCAAAGAACCCCCUGAAGAUAAACCUUAGUCCCACGGAAGGCCGGCUUCUGUGUGACCUUGGAGAGACAGCAUCGGUUGGCCAAAGUGAUGCCCUUGGGAUGGGUCGUAUCCUUUCUAAAGUGGAUGGAAAUGUCCCACAGGGUCUGGGAAACCAACGGGGGAGCUCGGGAGUUGCAGAUCGCUGGUAUAAAUUGGGAUGUACGUGUAUAGCUUAGUUUUCAUUAUGUUCGUAAAUUUGUAUGCCCACAAUGAGAUAUAGAACAUCUUAAGUAUUUGUCCGUGGAACGUGUCAUUCUAAAUAUAUUGUAAAGACUCAAUUUUAAUAAAAAGUUUGAUAUGAAA